UUUUCGAGAAACUCCGGCAUGCUUCUCUGUUUUCGCAAGGCCGUCCUGUAUUAACUUUUGUUCAUAUUUCGGCGCCGUGCCCUGGCGAAUUUAUCAGUCAACAUGCCUCAGAACGAGUACAUCGAGAGGUGGCGCAAGCAGCAUGGUCAACGCUUGGACCAUGAGGAGCGCGCGCGCAAGAAGGCCGCCCGUGAGGAGGGUCACGGCAAGUCGGCCAAGGCACAGAACUUGCGGGGUCUGAAGGCGAAGCUUUUCGCCCAAGAGCGUCGCAAGGAGAAGAUUCGCAUGAAGAAGGCCAUCAAGCAGCACGAAGAGCGCAAUGUAAAGGGUGCCGCAGCCGACAAGGACCCCACGAACCCUGUUCCGGCCUAUCUCCUCGAUCGCAAUACCCCCAACACAUCCAAGGCGCUGUCGUCUUCCAUCAAGCAAGCGCGUGCAGAAAAGGCCGCCAAGUUCUCAGUUCCAAUCCCGAAGGUCCGUGGUAUCAGUGAAGAGGAGCUCUUCAAGGUGGUCCAUACAGGAAAGUCCAAGAGGAAAUCGUGGAAGCGUAUGGUCACAAAGCCCACGUUCGUGGGACAGAACUUUACAAGGAGGAAUCCAAAGUACGAGCGCUUCAUCAGGCCUAUGGGUCUGCGUUACAAAAAGGCUCAUGUUACACACCCUGAGCUCAACGUUACCGUCCAUCUUCCUAUCCUUGGAGUAAAGAAAAACCCGUCAAAUCCGUUAUACACUCAACUUGGUGUCCUCUCAAAAGGAACAGUGAUCGAGGUUAACGUGUCGGAGCUUGGUAUUAUGGCUGGAAACAAGGUUGCCUGGGGAAGAUACGCCCAGGUCACCAAUUCGCCGGAAAACGAUGGUUGCGUCAACGCGGUUCUCCUUGUUUAAGCGGAAUCGAUUCACUGCCACCGCUCUUCUGAAUUCUGUGGGAUUAGGCAAUUGGUAGAACGAGAGAUGCGACUCUACAAGCGAGUUCGAAAAAAAAAUAGCCGCCGGGUUUAUACGAGGGAUUCAGCCUCCUGGCUCGCAGUUGUUUCCACGAUGAAAGGCAGCUGGGAUUGGAGUCAGUUUGGACUUUUAUUAGAUGACGACCACUUCACAUUGGACAUGGCUGUCGAAUCGCAGAUUUUAAAGAGGGCUGACUGCUGCAAAAAGCUAAAAGGUCGCAGCCUCUGGGAGAGGGCCAGGCCAUUGGGGGCAUUUACUAGAUUCAUGACAUUGCUCACAAAGCCUUGGGAUGCGGAAUACACUAGUCUAGUGCUAGAUCUAGACUAGAACCAGUCUAGUCUACAAGUAUUUGAUUCAUGAAGAUGAGACUGAAAAGCUUAGCCUCGUCUCUGGUGAGGGCUUCUCAAAGUUACUAUCAAUGGCAGAAAGUGUUGCCAAUUAACGG